AUGGCAAUGCAUCAUCCACAACAACAAAUAGACAUGCCCUAUGAUUAUUCUCCAAGUAUGGGAGAAAGUGAGACCACCAGUUCACCACCGAUGGACACGGAAUCCAAAUCGGAUAACGGAAUCAAACCAGUCCCGGAUUGUUCCCGGGGUGACCAAAUUGUGCACAACACCAAUUUUAAUCCACUUCUGGCUGCCCGAUUCCCCAAAGUGCGUUUGAAUUCUGUGGCCGAGGAAUCCACUCAUACCACUCCUCAGUCUAAUUAUCAUUCCAGCUCAUUGUCCACCAUCUCUUCCGUGACUGAAUCCAGUGGCCCGGGUACACAAGUGCCGUUUGCUUCCGCCUCACCGGAAGCGCAUCUAUCCAAACUGAAGUCUAUUCAUCGCAAGGUGAAACGACGGAAGCGAUGGCGACGUGUGCUUCGGGUGAUGCAUUUUAUCAUCACGAAACUACUCGUGCCUUUGAUGCUCAUCGGCAGCACCACAUUGCUGUUAUGUGGCUACUUCCUAUCUGUGCAUUAUUUGCUCGUUUCCGGUUGCAUCAUUCUACUUGCGGCAAUUGGAUUUCAAGUUCAAUUGUGUUUUACCGAGCGUACCGGUCCGAACAAAUUUAAUCCCAUGUCUGUGCCCUUCUCCAUCCCAGCCGAGGAUCUAAAAAUGAUGGAAUCGGAACCGAUGAAAGAGCCCGCGCCUGUGCCAAACCCGAUCCCGGGUUCGGAACCCCAGCGAGAAAUGAUACAGCAACCGCGUCCGUCCGACAACGAUGCUUAUCGGACUUCAGUCACAGCAACAGAUUUGCAUGUCAGGCGGCUCAGUCUCGCCCUGGCCCGUGUUGCAAAUAACGCACUGCAGGCUCCGCGCUAUCCGGACGGAGAUUCCACGGGGGUUUUGCGACUGGCACGUCGUUUGACUUUGGCGAGCACGGCGAUCGGGAUUGGCACACAUGAUCAUGUCAUGACCGGAUCCAGUUGGCUCACGGGCAAUCAAAUUCGACAUGGCGUUCGACGUAGUCUGGCAUGGAAUGCGACCGGGGCGAGUCGGUUCUAUGAACAAAACUAUGACUAA